AUGGCUUCCCCCAGGGAGCUUCUGCUGCCCCUGACCCUAGUCUGGGCGCUGGUGCUGCUGGGAGGGACAAAGGGGGCUGGUCCCGAGGGUCCCUGCGAAGCACAAGUACGAUAUCGAGAGAGCAGCUCGGAGACUGGCGGCAGCUGGCUUGGCACAAUUGCUCUGCUCAGCAGUGUUUGUGCCACGUGGCUUUUUGUUUUUUACGCAAUCCAUUGCCUAUGUGCCAGCAAGGACCGGUGCAGCCAGGGGCUAGAGGGGGACUGCGACCUGCGUUGGAAGGGCGGCCAGGCAGCUUGUGGGGAAGGAGAAGAGAACCACCUCGCUGCAUCUCAGGAGCUGGCUUGCACCCGGACCAGGGGCACGUCUCACAAGCCGGUCUGCAGCCAGGCCCAGCAAGCCUACGCCCGGCAGCUGGCCUGCAUGGAGCAAGAACUGGAAGGCUUCCUCUCCGAGGUGAGGAACCGGCGGAACGCCCUCGGAGACAUCGUGGUGGAGGAGAGGUGCCCCCAGAACACGGAGCGGGGCCAAGACAAGCUGCGCAUCACUGUCUAUGAGAUCUCAGACACCGAGGGGUCCGGGCGGCCGCAGCAGAGAGGACGCAGGCGGAAGAUGCAACUUUCAUAUUAA